AUGGCGACCAAUUCGAUCAAGCUCUUGACCGGCAACAGCCAUGGCACACUGGCCAAGUUGGUGGCAGACAGACUGGGAAUCGAGCUGGCCAAGAUCAUGGUCCUGCAGUAUUCCAACAACGAAACCAGCAUAUCUAUUGGAGAAUCCGUUCGAGACGAGGAUGUCUUCAUCAUCCAAUCCACCGAGCCGGGCAACAUCAAUGAUCACAUUAUGGAACUGCUCAUCCUCAUCAACGCCUGUCGCACCGCCUCCGCCCGCCGCAUCACCGCCGUCCUCCCCAACUUCCCCUACGCUCGGCAAGACAAAAAGGAUAAGAGUAGGGCUCCCAUCACCGCCAAGCUCAUGGCGAAUAUGUUGCAGACGGCAGGGUGCAAUCAUGUCAUCACUAUGGAUCUUCACGCCAGCCAGAUUCAGGGCUUCUUCAAUGUGCCGGUGGACAAUCUGUACGCCGAGCCCAGCACGCUGCGUUGGAUCCGCGAGAACCUCGUGGUCAAGGACUGCGUGAUUGUCAGUCCAGAUGCUGGAGGUGCAAAGAGAGCAACAUCGAUCGCAGACAGCCUCGAUCUCGGCUUCGCCCUCAUCCACAAGGAACGCGCACGACCCAACGAGGUCAGCCGCAUGGUGCUGGUGGGAGAUGUUCGGGACCGCAUUGCCAUCAUCGUUGACGACAUGGCCGACACUUGUGGCACAUUAGUCAAGGCGGCGGACGUGGUCAUGGAGCAUGGAGCGCGGGAGGCGAUCGCAAUCGUUACGCAUGGCAUCUUGAGCGGCGAUGCAUGCGAGAAGCUGAACAACAGCCGGUUGAAGAAGUUGGUGGUGACGAAUACGGUGCCGCAUGACGAGAAGAAGAAGCACUGUGAUCGCAUUGAGACGAUUGACAUUAGUCCUACGCUGGCCGAGGCGUGCAGAAGAACCCACAAUGGUGAGAGUGUAUCAUUCUUGUUCAAGCAUGCCCCGGUGGAUUGA